AUGUCUCCUAAAAAUCCUGGUCCAUGUGUUAUUGAAGGUUGUGGAUCCCAGGGUCCAUUUAGAAAAUUCACUGAAAAUGCCAAAAAUAAUUCUAUAAUAUAUAAAACACAUGAAACUUAUAAUUACCUUCAAAUUAAUGAUCAAUUAUGUCAAUCACAUUAUUUAUUAAUUGUAGAGCCAUAUAGAGGAAGAGAUGCUGGUAAAAAACGAAGAUCAGAAGAACUUGAU